AGGAGAUUAAACGGAAUCCUUCAAUAAUCAAACAGCUAAUUAAAUUUACCGGUUAAAAUUUGAAAUUGAAUAUGAUAUGAACUAGUACUCCUUGUGCCAUCCAGAUUUCAUGUAUAUAAUGCUCUCUUCUAAUUAAUUUGCAUGUUUGCUCUUUAAUUCUUCGUUCGAUUAAUUUUGUGCUAAUCUGUAAACAAAAAGAUUGUCAAAAUAGACAGAUAUAUUGAACAAUGGUCACAGUCAAGAUUCCGAAUGUGGCAGCGACAUGUGAAAAAUCUAAACAAAGUGAAAUAUUUAUGAAAUUAAACUUGAGGACUGAAAGUCAUGAGAGGGGCCAGGAAGAUGUAGAAUGUGAAAUUGGUCCUAUAUCAGAACGUAUUGAGACAGAUGCACAAUAUCCUGCAAUUACUCGGACUUUAAAAAGGGGGAAUGAAGAUCAAUCAGUUGAUGACAAUUCAAAAGCUUACCGAAGUGAAAAUGAUGAUGCUUUAAAAGCAAAGAUCGGGGAAUUGAAGAAGGAAAAUUCCACACUCUCUUCUGUAGUGAAGAAGACCGCAGAAUCUUGCAGGCGACUUAAAAUAGAGAACAAGAACUUGCUGCAAGAAUUGAAGAAAAUAUGCAGCAAGGAUGAGAUCUCAAGACUUGAAGCCACGAACCCUCCUGGAAAUUCACAAUCUGUUGAUGACGAUGAAGAACACUACCAGACUACUUCAAAAGCAUCAGACGACUUUAACACUUCUGCAGAUUUAUGUUCUGAUAUAGGAGAUUCUGAUCCACUCCCACUCUUGCAAUUGAAAAAAGAAUGAAC